AUGACUUUCUCGAAAGCUAUGGCCCUAUUGCAAUCGCCGUUUAUUCCUUUUAUUGUAGUAUUCUGCCAUAUCAUCGAGACAGGUAACAGAAAAGACUUGGAUCUCCUCGCAAGCGUUAUUGAGACUCUAGAGUCUGCCACGCAUAGCAUUCCUUCUUCUGGCGUAAGGAAAGAGUAUCGCCUCUUCAAAGCUCUUUAUGAUGCCACUUGCAGUUAUAUCGAAGCUAGAUUGAGCACGGUCGAUUUCCGAAUUCCCUCAGUAGCAAACGCCUCUUCGUCCUCAGCCAUUCUUUCUCCAGCUCACCAGCAACCUGUUACCCUCACGCCACUCUCUAACUUGCAGAGCUCACAGAUGAACACCAGGAUUUCACUAGAUGAGGCUGCUCAAUGGACGCUUGACUCAUUCGAGAUGCCCAAUGAGGUCGAGGUUGAUCAGUAUGGCGCACAGCUUGGAAAUUGGCUGCAUAUGAAUAACCAGAUAACAAAAGCACUGGAAGAUAGCUACUUUUGGGAAGAUCUACUAUAA